AACAGCUGUUCGGGAGAGAAUGUUAUAAACGUAGACGAAGUAUUUGCGUGCCAAAGUAUUAUAUUUAUUUAUCCUUUUUUUUACAAAAAUUAUAUAUUUUAAUAAAGAAUUACAUACCGAAUGUGCAAUUUAAUAGUUUGAACGAUUAACAAAUAAUACUAAAAUGGAGAAUGAUCAAAAGGUUCCCACUAAAUUACUUGAUUUAAAUUUGGAUUGCAUGCUGCGAAUUCUGAGUUACUGUUCGGAAGAGGAUUUGUUAAAUUUGUGUCGUGUACACCAUCAUCUACGAAAUGUAAUCGACAAGAAUAUAUUCUACAUGAAAACACUGGAUGCACUUAUGUGCGGACAUCGGAAUUGUACGCGCAUAAACAAAAGGUCAUACUAUUUAUCAAUAUCCUAUGUAAGUCGUUUUCACAUAGCGCGUAACUGGUUACAUGGACGUUAUAGGGAGUACGAAUAUUAUAAUCAUAUACAAAUGUUUCCUACUAAACUACUUUUGGAACGGGAUUUAUUAUAUGUAAGCCACUUAGACUAUUUACGGUUAUACCGACGUGCUAAACACGAACCACUGCAACGUAGGUGCUUACAAGAAAUAUCUACUGGUUCACGUGGAGAUAUAUCAAGUUUCGCAAAAAAGCAAGAUACAAUAUUCGCUGGUCGAGUUACUGGUAAUUGCUAUAUUUGGGAAGAUGGUAUAGUCCAUGAACAACAACUGCAUCGAGCCAAAGAAUAUUUACACUGUGUAGAUUUCGAAGAUGAAAUAUAUGCAACCAGUACUAACGUUUGUGCGAAAUUGUGGCGGCGCACAAGCGAACUCGGAUUGGUUUAUUUAGAACCAUUCGCAGAGAUGACGCAGGAAUAUAAAGUUUUAAAGUUAUCUGAAGGCGGCGAACGUCUAUAUGGCGGUUUAUAUACCGAUGUAGAAAGAUAUGCCUUACGCGAAUUCGAUGUGGAAAGCGGCAAGGAAACUGUCUUAAACUCAAACACGCUUUCUAUAUAUGAUUUACUUAUUAAGGACGAGAAUGUGUUAUUCACGGGAAAUUUUGACACUACCUGCCGCAUGUACGAUCGGCGUUCUAACCGAGAUGAAGCCACAUUCGAAGAUCCUUUUGAUUCGUCAUUUUACUGCGUUGAAUAUGACGGUUUGUAUGGACUAGUUUGCGGUGCCAAAUACCAUAGGCGCGUCAAUUUAUACGACAUACGUAUGCCAAAUACAUACCAACAAUUGUACUUCCCAAGACGUAGUAAAAAGGCGAGAAAUCAAAGUUCGCCUGUAUAUAGCAUAGCCUGUGAUAAUCGUUAUCUCUUUAUUGCAACGGAUCAAAAUAUACGUGUAUUUGACUUUAAAGAGAAUUGUGCAGAAAGCCGGGAUUAUCGUAAUAUAUUCGAUGACAAGCGUACUUUUCGCACACUGCAAUAGUGAUUAUGUUUGAAAAUAAUCGUUUAUAACCUGUAUUUAAUACAAAUAUUGAUUGAAACGCGUUAUUCGAAACAAAAAACUGUGUUUUUAGUUUAUCGCUUUAAUUUAUUUUUUAUUUUUAUUAUUGUUUGAGUCAAAUAUUCUUUGCCAUGUUAUUUUAUUAGACUGAUUUACAUCCAGUCCUUCAUUAUUAUUCUUUAAGUACAAAACAUAAACAUAAAAUUAAAUAUUAAUACGUCCUUUGCCACAAAAUGUUAAUGUUGAGGUUAAACUAGUUUUAAUUAUAAGCGGCUAAUAAAAUAUAAGUAGUAUUAAACUUUUAAGCAAUGCCAAACUUUGAAAGUUAAAGCAGCGUAAGCCCACUAGACAUACAUAAUAUUGCUGUUUAUUAUAUAAAUAGGAAAAUUAUAAAUGCUUCAUAAAAUGUAUACCUUGAAAAAG